CGCGAGCGCGAGACUGAAAACGGCAGCAGUAAAAUCAAGCAGAGGCGAGCGCGAGCGACGGGGCAGUAACAGAGCGGCCACCACCACCACCACGCUCGCAUGGAGGCGGACGCCGGCGCGGCGCGCGAGAGGGAGGCGGAGAUCGAGAAGGCCAUCCGCGCCCGCGUCCCGGACUUCAAGAAGCAGGCCGACUCCUUGACCCUGGAAGGCGUUAGGAGAGCACUGGAGAAGGACCUGGGUUUGGUGAUAUAUUCACUCGAUGCACAUAAAAAGUUCAUAAAGCAAUGUGUAGACAAGGUUUUUUCUGGUUCUGAAGAUGAGAACAUAAAUAAUAAUGCAUCCGAGAAGGCUGAAGCCAAAGAUGAUCAUUUAUCCAAAGAAGGGUUAGACGAUGCUCAAUCGAUGCCUGCCUCGGAUAAAAUGUCCUCCCAUGCUGAUGAGCAAGAUGUAGGAUCCAGUGAGACAGAAAAAGAUCCAGAGGGAGUGAAGGAUCAAGCUUCUGGCACACAUAUAAGCGAAGACAUAAUAAAAGAAGCCAUUGACAAAAGGGCUUCUUAUUUCAGAGAGAACUCUGAAACUCUUACUUUACUAGGAGUUCGCCGGACUUUAGAAGAAGAUCUCAAGCUUGAGAAGAAAGCUUUGGAUGCUUACAAGAAAUUUGUUACCACAGAAUUAGAUAGGGUUUUGCAAGAACCUGCAAAUGGGACAAAGAAAAGUAGUAAAAAGGGAUCUCGCAAGGAUGCAUACCAAAAAGCAAGCAAAGGCUCUAAACGAGCCCGUGAAGACUCUGACACCUCUGAAUUAAAUGAUAGCCAGAGUGAGAUGGAAGACAGUGAUGAGGAUGCAAGGCCAAGAAAGAGAGGGGCUGAAAAGGGUAAAGUUAUUAAAAGGCCGAAAAAAGUUACAGAUGAGAAGAAACUGUCAACUCCAAAGGCUAAAAAUGUCGUGAAACGAGAUUCAGAUAGAAGUAUUGAAGAACAGGGAGGAAAAUCAACAGCAGAGGAUAGUUCUCACUCAUCUGCUGAGGAAGAUAACAAGAGAAAACGACAACUGGCUCCAGCUUACGGGAAACAGGUAGAACAUCUGAAGUCGAUAAUUAAGUCUUGUGGAAUGAGUAUUCCACCAAAUGUGUAUCGGAAGGCAAAGCAGGCCCCUGAGAACAAGCGUGAGGCCCGGUUGAUAAAGGAGCUGGAGGAUAUACUUGAAAAGGAAGGAUUAUCGAGAAAUUCUUCUGAAAAAGAAAUUAAAGCAGUGAAGAAGAGAAAGGAAAGAGCAAAGGAACUUGAGGGCAUAGACAUGAGUAAUAUUAUCACGAGUUCUCGUCGGAGAAGUGCAUCAAGUUUCAUACCCCUGCCAACACCUAAAAUACAAGCUGAUAGUGACGAUGAAGAUGAUGCAGAAAAUGAUGAUGAAGAUGUUGAGGAGAAUGUAGAGGUUGGAGAUGAAAAUGAUAAUGAUGAUGCAGAAGUUGGUGAUGGAUCUGCUGAUGAUGCUGAAAAGGAGAGCGACUGAUUGCUGCGCCGGAUAAGGCGGAAUCAGUUCUGACCGUGAAUGCGUGAUGAUAGCGUCCAAACAUUUUAUUAGCUUCAGUGCUGGUGGAACAGUAGUGAAGGGGACGAUUCUUGUAGUUCAGUAGUUAUGUGUAAUAUCAGAUUUGUUUUCUUGGUAUCUUGUUCAUGAUGGUGUAGCUUGCAAGCGUCACAGAACAUUUCAGUUAGCAGCAAUUAAGUACUGUACUUAAUUUAUUAGUUCUAAUCUUAAACAUUUGUAGAUGAGAAAUUGUAAUGCUUUUGCACUUACAUGCAUUUGAUUGUUUCUUUUUAAACUAUAAUAAUAUAAUAAACUACUAGUUGUGGCAGA